CAAGUUUCGAAAGCAAAGCCACUUAAUAUUCCAUCCUGCAGGCUACAUCUCGCCGUCUGAUAUAUAUCAUAUAUUGCCUAUCUACCUUGCGUUAUGAUUCUGGGAGACGUUUCUGCUUGUAUAUUCAUCGAUGACCAGGAGCUCCCAGAGUAUGAUGUCGUCGUUUCCAGCACGCCAACAGAGAACAGAAUAACGUGCUGGAUCGCGUCAGCCGAAGGCAAGAAAUUUGGAGUCAGGACGAAGUUCUUAGCCAAGCAGACCUCGGGGUUUAUAACAACCGUCUUUGUUGACGGUGUUAGGUGUCGUUCAUAUGUCGGGUCUCCGGGCUACGUCGGUACGCUGGACCGCACGACCCUGAGCAAUGCUUAUGUCAGAAGAGAUUUUGUGUUCUCCAAACUUGAGCUUACUGAUGACGACUCAAUGCUCGAUGAUCGAACCUCAAACGACAUAGGUCAAAUUGUGAUGGAGGUAGCAUCGGGGAAAUACACCAUGCGUGAACAAGUAGUGGAUUCCCAGAAUGUGAUUGAUCGCACCCUUCGUGUGCCGGAAGGCAAAGUGCAUGAACGCUCCAAGAAGGCAUGCUCUCAUCGUGUCACCUUCGGAGAAGAAGUACCCUGUCACGAACCAGGAGAACCCUUCACCAUCAUACGAGACAAUAGUCCGAAGACUGUCUUCGUAUUCAAGUACACGCGCUUGGACAUCCUGCAGGCAAUGGGAGUAGCACCAUAUACACCAAGUGCGGCAGAGACAGAGGCAGAGGCAAAGGAUCAUAACGAUGAAAUUGAAGUCAUGGAUGGGCCUAACGAGUCCUCGCCCUCAGAUGAUGUCAAGCCACUGGCAAGGAUUCGAGAGCUGGAGAUGGAGCUCCAGCGCUUACGCGCACAAGUAGAGGAUCAGAAGCCCUCGCUUGUCAAGUUGGAACAUGGGGGAUCGCGACGGAAACAAGCUGUUAUGGAGGUUAUUGAUCUCACUGAUGAUUAGCUUCUCUGUAUUUUCUUAGGUUCAGGCUUAUAUGCUACCGCUCUGAGGAACUCGAUUAUUUGCAAGAUGGGGCACGCUACAUGCAUAGUUUCUGUGUGGCUCAAAAUUAUCAUCAUUGUGGAUUCGUGUGGAUGUACAAUGCAUUUGUACAGAACUUCUUAAAAGUCUGUCGCCACCAGUCCUGACGUUACGCUUACGACUUGAAUAAUACUUUCUUAGUAAAUAACUUGUACUUUUGGACACCUUUUUCUACAACCCCUCUAUUCCAAGCCGUAGACUUCGUAUAAUGAUAGGUUGCAUCCCAAGACUUCAGAAAUUCAAUAUCAGUGAGCUCAGG